UCAAUGCAAACACCAUCAGAUCCAUCUGCACUGGUUGGACUCUGGCCGCCGGCGCCCGCCCGUUUGAUUGAGCUUCCCCCGUGGGCCGUGGCCGUCCUCCUCCUCUUUGCUCGAUUCAAAUACUCAAAUUCUUACUUUCGUUUUGGUGGCCAGUUGCCCAGACAGACUCCCAGCAUUGGUGAGCUGGGUUCUGGUGGUGUGGACCUGCCUCAAAUUCCCCAUCUUGAAUCCCUCGCCAGUCGCCACUACGGCUCCCGUGUUUCCAUCCCCCCCGCCCUUGCUUGCUGGUUCUCUUCGUUCCAUCUCGCCACCGCACUAGUGCGCAUUGCAUCUAGUUCGAAUCGAGCUCAUGAGGAGGCUCGAGGCGGCGGCGCUGCUGCUGGCCGCGGCGGCGGCUGUGCUGGUGCUGGCGGGGGCGGCGGAGGGGCUGGGGGUGAACUGGGGCACGCAGGCGUCGCACCCCCUGCCGCCCAAGGUGGUGGUGCAGCUGCUCAAGGACAACGGCAUCAAGAAGGUGAAGCUCUUCGAGACCAACAUCGACGCCAUGAAGGCGCUCGCCGGCAGCGGGGUCGAGGUCAUGCUCGCCAUCCCCAACAACCUGCUCCACCGCAUCGCCGGCGACUCGGGCGCCGCCAAGGACUGGGUGAAGCGCAACGUCAAGCGCUUCGACUUCGACGGCGGCGUCGUCAUCAAGUACGUGGCCGUGGGCAACGAGCCAUUCUUGGAGGCGUACAACGGUUCGUUCAUGAAGGUCACCUUGCCGGCGCUGGAGAACAUCCAGAACGCGCUCAAUGACGCUGGCGUCGGCGACCGGAUCAAGGCGACGGUCCCUCUCAACGCCGACGUGUACAGCUCCCCGGCCAGGAACCCCGUGCCGUCGGCGGGCCGCUUCCGCGCCGAAAUCUCCGGCGUCAUGACGGACAUGGUCAAGUUCCUGGCCAAGAACAAGGCGCCCUUCACCGUCAACAUCUACCCCUUCCUCAGCCUCUACCUCGACGACAACUUCCCCCUGGACUUCGCCUUCUUCGACGGCGGCGCGGCGCCGGUGAACGACAACGGCGUCAUGUACACCAACGUGUACGACGCCAACUUCGACACGCUGGUGGCGGCGCUGGCGGCGGUGGGGCACGGCGACAUGCCGAUCAUCGUGGGCGAGGUGGGCUGGCCCACCGACGGCGACAGGCACGCCAAGGCGUCCUAUGCGCACCGCUUCUACGACGGGCUGCUGAAGCGGCUGGCGGCCAACCGUGGCACGCCGGCGAGGCCGAACCGGCACGUCGAGACGUACCUGUUCGGGGUGGUGGACGAGGACCGGAAGAGCGUGCAGCCGGGCAGCUUCGAGCGGCACUGGGGCAUCUUCCGGUACGACGGGCAGCCCAAGUUCGGCAUGGACCUCAGCGGGCAGGGCCGCCGGGACGCGACGCUGGUGCCGGCCAAGGGGGUGCAGUACCUGUCGAGAACGUGGUGCGCGCUCAACCCCAAGGCCAGCAGGGACGACCUCGGCAAGCUCCUGGGCGCCAAGAUCGACUACGCGUGCAGCAACGCCGACUGCACGACGCUGGGAUACGGGUCGUCGUGCAACGGCAUGGACGCCAAGGGCAACGCCUCCUACGCCUUCAACGCCUACUACCAGACGCAGAGCCAGGAGGACGAGGCCUGUGACUUCCAGGGCCUCGCGCUGCCCACCCAGACGGAUCCCUCCACGGCGACGUGCAACUUCACCAUUCAGAUAGCCACCUCGGGGGCGGCGGUCACGCGGCUCGGCGUGGCGCCGGUGGCGGCCGCCCUGCUGGUGGCGUUGCUCCAGCUCUCACUGUUGUAGUGGUAGUAUUUCGCAUUCCCGCGGUUGAUUUGUUCACCAGAUCAAUUGCCACCGUUGAUUUGUCGCAUUUCUUUUGAACGCAUUAGGCCUUCUUUUGUACUACUACUGUUGUAGUGGUAGUAUUUGGCAUUUCUGCUUUGGAGAUGCUGCUGGUGAGGCGGCUGCUGAUUAUGCCGACCUGUUUGGUUGCGCACAUGGCCAAUUUCCGAUUAAAUAUCUGAAAAUGCCGAUUCAUUA